AUCCUAAGUCUCACAGUUCAAGCUAAUCAUUGACAGAGCUUUACAAUCACAAGCUCUUACUGAAGCGUUGAUAAGACAGUCCAGCAGUUGGUGGCAAAUGAAACCAGGCUGUGCGGCUGGAUCUCCAGGGAAUGAAUGGAUUUUCUUCAGCACCGAUGAAAGAACCAUACGGUAUAGGAAAACAAUGUCCAACGGGGGGCUGCAAAGAUCCGUCAUCCUGUCAGCAUUUCUUGUGCUGCGAGCUGUUACUGGAUUCCCUGGAGACGGAAGAGCUAUAUGGUCUAAAAAUCCUAAUUCUAGUCCGGUAAAUGAAAGUCAGCUGUUUCUCUAUGACACUUUCCCUAAAAACUUUUUCUGGGGUGUUGGGACUGGAGCAUUCCAAGUGGAAGGCAGUUGGAAAGAGGACGGAAAAGGACCUUCUAUUUGGGAUCGUUUCAUUCAUACACACAUGAAAAAUGUCAACAACAGGAAUGGUUCCAGUGACAGUUACAUGUUUCUGGAAAAAGACUUGUCAGCCCUGGAUUUUAUAGGAGUUUCUUUUUAUCAAUUUUCAAUUUCCUGGCCAAGGCUUUUUCCUGAUGGAAUAGUAGGAGCCGUGAACACGAAAGGUCUCCGGUACUAUAAUACCCUUCUGGAUGCACUAGUGCUUAGAAACAUUGACCCUGUAGUUACUUUAUACCAUUGGGAUUUGCCUUUGGCGCUACAAGAGGAAUACGGGGGGUGGAAAAAUGACACUAUGAUAGAGAUCUUCAAUGACUAUGCCACAUACUGUUUCCAGACGUUUGGGGACCGCGUGAAAUACUGGAUUACAAUCCAUAACCCCUACUUAAUUGCUUGGCAUGGGUAUAGGACAGGUAUGCAUGCGCCUGGAGAGGUGGGAAAUUUAGCAGCUGUCUACACCGUGGGACACAACCUGAUCAAGGCUCAUUCAAAAGUUUGGCAUAAUUACAACAUAAAUUUCCGCCCACAUCAGAAGGGUUGGUUAUCGAUCACAUUGGGAUCCCAUUGGAUUGAGCCAAACAGAUCAGAAAACAUGCUGGAUAUAGGCAAGUGCCAAGAAUCCAUGGUUUCUGUGCUUGGAUGGUUUGCCAACCCUAUCCAUGGGGAUGGCGACUAUCCUGAGGAGCUGAAGUUGUUCUCCGACCUACCUCUUUUCUCUGAAGCAGAGAAGAAUGAGGUGAGAGGCACAGCUGACUUCUUUGCAUUUUCCUUUGGACCCAACAAUUUCAAGCCCCUAAAUACCAUGGCUAAAAUGGGUCAAAAUGUAUCACUCAAUCUAAGAGAAGUGCUGAACUGGAUUAAACUGGAAUAUGACAACCCUCGAAUCUUGAUUGCUGAGAAUGGCUGGUUCACAGACAGUCAUGUGAAAGCAGAAGAUACCACCGCCAUCUACAUGAUGAAGAACUUCCUCAACCAGGUGCUUCAAGCAAUAAGGUUGGAUGGAAUACAAGUGUUUGGUUACACUGCCUGGUCUCUGCUGGAUGGCUUUGAAUGGCAGGACGCUUACACUACCCGCCGAGGAUUAUUUUAUGUGGAUUUUAAUAGCAAACAGAAAGAAAGGAAACCAAAGUCUUCAGCACAUUACUAUAAACAGAUCAUACAAGAAAAUGGUUUUAUUUUAAAAGAGUCCACGCCAGAUGUGCAGGGUCAGUUUCCCUGUGACUUCUCCUGGGGUAUCACUGAAUCUGUUCUUAAGCCCGAGUCUGUGGCCUCCUCCCCACAGUUCAGUGACCCCCACCUGUACGUGUGGAAUGCCACCGGCAACAGACUGUUGCACCGGGUGGAAGGGGUGAAACUGAAAACUCGGCCGGCUCAAUGCACAGAUUUUAUCAGCAUCAAAAAAAAGCUUGAGAUGUUGGCAAGAAUGAAAGUCACACACUAUCGCUUUGCUCUGGACUGGGCUUCCGUCCUUCCCACCGGCAACCUGUCUGCCGUCAACCGACAAGCUCUGCGGUACUACAGGUGUGUGAUCAGCGAGGGGCUGAAGCUCAAUAUCUCACCGAUGGUCACGUUGUACUAUCCGACCCACGCCAACCUGGGCCUCCCCGCGCCGCUGCUGCACGGCGGGGGCUGGCUGAACCCGUCCAUCGCCCAGGCUUUCCAGGCCUACGCGGGGCUGUGCUUCCAGGAGCUGGGGGACUUGGUGAAGCUCUGGAUCACCAUCAACGAGCCCAACCGGCUGAGCGACAUCUACAACCGCACUGGCAACGACACCUACCGGGCAGCCCACAACCUGCUCAUCGCCCAUGCGCUCGUCUGGCACCUGUACGACCAGCGGUACAGGCUGUCCCAGCGCGGGGCCGUGUCGCUAUCCCUGCACUCGGACUGGGCGGAACCCGCCAACCCCUACGCAGAGUCGCACUGGGGGGCGGCCGAGCGCUUCCUCCAGUUCGAGAUCGCCUGGUUCGCAGAACCGCUCAAGACCGGGGACUACCCGCGGGCCAUGCGGGAGUACAUCGCCUCCAAGAACAGGCGCGGGCUCUCCAGCUCUGCGCUGCCUCACUUCACCCAGGACGAGCGCAGGCUGGUCCGGGGCGCCGCCGAUUUCUACGCCCUGAACCACUUCACCACCAGGUUCGUGAUGCAUGAGCAGCAGAACGGCAGCCGCUACGACCUGGACAGGGACAUCCAGUUUCUGCAGGACAUCACCCGCCUGAGCUCGCCAAGCCGCCUGGCCGUGAUCCCCUGGGGCGAGCGCAAGCUGCUGCGCUGGGUCCGCAAGCACUACGGCGACGUGGACGUGUACAUCACCGCCAACGGCAUCGAUGACCAGGCUCCGGAGAACGAUCAGCUCCGAAAAUACUACGUGGAGAGGUACAUUCAGGAGGCUCUGAAAGCAUAUCUAAUUGAUAAAAUCAAAAUCAAAGGCUAUUAUGCAUUCAAACUGACUGAAGAAAAAUCUAAACCCAGAUUUGGAUUCUUCUCCUCUGAUCUGAAAGCUAAGUCCUCCAUACAGCUCUACAACAAAGUCAUCAGCAACAGUGGCUUCCCUUCUGAUGAGAAUAGCAGCCUUAAAUGCACUCAGACUCAAAGAAACAAAGAGUGCACCGCCUGCUUAUUCCUCGUGCGGAAGAAACCGCUGAUAUUCUUGGGUUGUUGCUUCUUCUCCACCCUGGUUCUUUUAUCAAUUACCAUCAUUUUUCAUAAGCAAAAAAGAAGAAAAUUUUGGAAAGCAAAGAACUUACAACACAUACCAUUAAAGAAAGGCCGCAAGAGAGUUCUUAGCUAAACUGGUCUUAUUUCUGUCUGCUUGACAGUUUAAAAAUUCACUCCAGUUCCCUAUACUGGUAACUUGCAGGAGAUGUACCUCUAUUACUGAAAGACGAGAUGGGAUACAGUGGUAACCAAAGUGAUGACAAUCAGCUACUCUGCUGUGUGGUUCAAAUGAAUUUUCCCUUAGUUAUUCACACCAAUGAAUUUAUUGCUUCUUCAAGUUUGAUGAGCUAUUUUCCAUCAUCUUCUCUACUUUCUUCUCUAAAUACCAAUAGCUAAUUAUGGCAAAAUAAAUUAUUUUUUAAAAAACGAAGCUUUGUUAAGACUCUAUAGCAGAAAAUUAAACUAUUAACUAUUCUUUAAACUACAGUGAGUUAAUAUAUCCCUGAUCACUUAUAAUGAGGUGCUUUCCCCCUUAGGUCAGGUGGUUCUCAAAUGAAAAGAAAAAAUACAAUAGAGUAAGUAAUGCUUGCCUAUAGCCAGUUACAGCCUAGACUCUUUAAGUACAUCAAUCCCUUGGUUUUUGUCAAUAGAAAUACAAAUUACCACUUAUAAAACAUCUAAUUUUGUGACCUUACUCAACCUCAGCAACAGCUACUUCCCCUUUAAACAAAUUGGGGAGUAAUUGGCAUCAUUCCUCCUGAUUUUUCUAAGGAAAAGAUUUGGCAUGCUCAGGAAAGCUAAACAUUCUAAAAGGUUGUAAAGUUUUGUUAUCCUAACAGUCAAAGGCUUGCAUUAAGACUUGCUCUCUUCCCUGAGAAUCUCACUGUUCUGAUGCCAUAUGCACACAGGAAUCUUUUAGGAUGGAGAGUGAAGCCUUAUCUGCACCAAGCAAUUCAGAAUUUUGAUGGUCUGAAUGAGCUGAAACUCUCAUAUACUGACUUGUUCAGUGUACUCUGAAUAUUGGAAGUAAAAAACUUUAAUGUGUGCCCUUUUAAAUCUGUUCUUCAGGCCAGGCACAGUGGCUCAUGCCUGUAAUCC